AAAACAAGAGACGCAGAGAAAAGGGGAUGAUCGUAUCCAUAUGGUGGAGCUUGUGUUCUUCACUUCCUGGACAGAGAGAGGGAGACGGAGAGAGAGGCUAGAGGAAGAGGGAGAGAAAGCUGGAAAACCAAAAAGGAGUGAGAGAAAAACAACUGGAAGUAUAGCACAGUAACCCAGAUCUUCUGAAGCUGUGAGCGGAUGACUGGGAGAGAGCUGUAGAUUCUGACUCAAAGCAUGUGACUAUAAUUUAGUUACAGCUUGAUUGUGAAUGGGACAGGAUAGGUUUUUCUGAAAAUCCCUGGGAGGGAUAGAGAGAAGAAUGAGAGAGACUGGAAGUUCCCAGAAGCGCUGCACUCCGCUUCAUGCAUCACUGAUGACGUGAGGUCACUUAGAGGAAUUCAGGAUAGUGUUUUCAGUUUUUCUGAUCUCUUCCUCCUCUGCCAUCUGGAGCUGUGAAGCACUUCCUUCCAUUCUCCAGGGUUCCAAACAUUCUGAUUUGACAUCUUCAAGAUGUUAAGAACUAGAUGACUUCCAGGUCUAGUUCUUACCUUAAGGCUUGUUGGUGAACCUCUGGCUGGAAUUAACUGUCCUUUAGUAGAGUUUGCAGACAUCAGCUGAAGUUCUCAGAGGGGUGUUGCCUUGCCCUUAUAAGGCAAAAGCAACCGAGUGGAAAAGUAUUUGAAUUUGCGGUGUUACUGCUCCACUGCUUUUUCAUAUCUGCAAAGUCUGGAGCUGGUGCUUGUCUUCACUCUUGGUUCUUCUUCUUGAAUAUGUUUGCACAGAGGAUGUUUGCUGCCAGACAAUAGGAGUGUUUGUCAGUGGGUGGGCAGCAUGCAUAUGGACGCUCUGUCAUCUACCUCAGUCUCACUCUCACAAGCGGAGUUGGCGCAAAUCACGAGAGGAGUAGGUCGGUCCUGUAUCUGCCCUCAAGCCAAAUACGCAUUCUGCCUUUAGAACACAAAAAUGCUCACUGGAAGGCAAACACAACAGACAGUGUAAACAACAAAGCUUUUGGAUAUCGUAACACUCUCAGGAACUGAUUCUGCAUGCUCAUGUUAUGACAGAGAGGGGAUGACGGUAUGGACCUCUGGUUUUGGCAUCACUGGAAAUCAACAGUAUCAAUAUGAGAUCUUUCAGCUCACUUGUAUCAACCACUCUGGUUUUUGGAAAUUAGUCUGUAGAAUACUCUGCUAAGAAUCUCUUUUGAAAGCACCAUGACAGCAGCAGCAUGGUACCAUCGGGACAUCACCCGUGUUCGAGCCGAAGAGCUGCUGGCCUGCGCGGGGAGAGACGGCAGCUUCUUGGUGAGGGACAGCGAAUCUGUGCCUGGAGCCUACGCCUUGUGUCUGCUGUUCCAGCGACAUGUUCAUACAUACCGAAUCCUCCCUGAUGCAGACGGGUUACUGGCUGUGCAGGCCACACAGGGAGUGCAGGUGAAUUGUUUCCGUACUCUUAUUGAUUUAGUUGUGGGUUAUCAACACCCACACAAAGGUCUGGUGGCCCCUUUGCUUUACCCUGUUAUGCGUGAAUCAGAGCCCAACGAUGAGAGCUCAGAUGGUGAUGAUGAGAAGCCAGGUUCAACAUUUGCCACCCCUCCACCACGUGCAAAGUCCCCUACAGGCCAUCCUCCACCCUCCAGUUCAGGAGCCCCUCAUUUACUGCUGCAGAGGCUUCAGGAGCUCAGCACAAAUAGUGCAGGCUGUGAGAUCAUCAUGUUACUGGAUGAGUAUCUGCAUGGUAAUGUCUGUAAGGACCUGGAGAAUGUGAAAGGAGGCGCAUCAGGACUGCAACACUUUCAGUGCAUCCUCAGCCGUGCAUGCGACAGUCUGCACAGUGAGAUUGACCAGACGCUGUCCAGUUUGGAAACCUUAGCAAAAGUGUUUGAUCAUCCUAGUGUUCACCUCAACUUCUCCACAAUGCAGAAUACAGGGAAGAGCCCUGAAGAAAACAUGGAUAAUCUACUUCACAAGCUCACUACACUCUGUAACCUGUUGUCAUCGCUGGAGAAAAGGGUUCUCAAAGCUUUACAAGAAGCUGUUACCAAUCACAACUUAUCUUUGCAAGCAUCCACACCUCCUGAAUCUGUCACAGCCUCCAAAAAACAGGCCAGACCUAAUUCUGUCCACAGCUUUCAGGUCAAGGUGGUCAGGUAUGGCAGGCAAACAGUGUCGGUAGACAUAGAUGCAGGAGUGCUUCUGUUUGACAAGAAGACUGGCUCAUUCGGUCUGGAGACUGUGACACACGACAGAAUCGUGCAGUUGGUGAAGAUUCAGAAAGGCCCUGCCAAGCUGAAAAUGGUCAUAGACAGUCAUCACAAUCCGCCGAGAGAACUUGUGUUUGAAAGCAUGAAGAAGCGAGAAGCUUUCUGUCGGCUGCUGCAGCUUAUGAAGACUGCUCACUGCCAGCAGUCUGAGCUGGAUGUCAUCUCUGUGUUUGUGGGAACAUGGAACAUGGGGGGCACUCCACCACCCGGUUCACUUCAGUCCUGGGUUACUUGCUGUGGUCUGGGUCUUACCCCAGAUGAGUCCAUCGCCUCCCUGCCUCAUGAUAUCUAUGCAGUGGGUACUCAGGACAACCCACAGGGCGAGAGAGAAUGGGCUGAACACAUCAGAGCCACGCUUCGGAGUGCAACCAACAUUGACUUCAAACAGGUGGCAGUACAGUCCCUUUGGAAUAUCAGACUGGCUGUGUUUGUGAAACCAGAGCAUGAAGGACGCAUCAGUCAAGUAAACACUGCUAGUGUAAAAACUGGCCUGGGGAACACACUCGGAAAUAAGGGAGCAGUAGGAGUUUCUGUUCUCUUUAAUGGCACUUCAAUGGGCUUUGUGAACUGUCAUCUGACUUCUGGUAGUGAAAAAGCACUCAGGAGGAACCACAACUUCCAAGACAUCCUCAGACUCCUGUCUCUUGGAGAAAAGCAGCUCGGCACUUUUGACAUUAGCCUUCGCUUCAAUCAUCUCUUUUGGUGUGGAGACCUCAACUACCGCCUGGACCUGGAUGCACUGGACAUAUUGAAGCACGUUUCAAAGCGAGAAUUUGAGGAGCUAAUGUGCGCAGACCAACUGACUAGAGAGCGGCACAGAAGAAAGGCCUUUUUUAACUUUAAGGAGGAGAAGAUUUUGUUUCCACCCACCUAUCGGUAUGAACGUGGUUCUCGAGACUGUUAUCUAUGGCAGAAAUACAAGUCCAGUGGGGUGCAAGUCAACGGGCCCUCAUGGUGUGAUAGAGUUCUGUGGAAGUCCUACCCUGAGUCUCACAUAAUCUGUACCUCAUAUGGAUGCACAGAUGACAUCUUCACCAGUGAUCACUCUCCUGUUUUUGCAACUUUCGAAGUGGGUGUGAUAUCACAGUCUUCUAGAACAGAUGUAGAAUUGGGUUCAGAGAGAGCCAGCAUUGAGCUGGAAGCGAUUGAGGUCAUAGUGAAAACUGCUAGCAAGGCCAAGUUCUUCAUUGAGUUCCACUCACGCUGUCUAGAAGAGCCUCGUCGUUCUGCUGAGAAUGACUCUCAGUGCUGUGAGGUACCAGGGUUUCUCAAACUUGGCUGGUCUUCAAAACAGUUCCCCAAGCUCCACCCAGUGUUCUCGGAUCUAGAGCAUCUCCGGGAUCAGCACUUGCUGUUGUCUGUGAAGUCUUGUGAUGGCUUUGAGUCAUAUGGUGAGUGCUGUGUGGCUCUUCGCUCAGUAACAGGGAAAUCAUCGGAUCUAUUUGAGACAUGCUUAACUCACAGAGGAGAAGAGAUGGGUUCUAUUCGAGGACGAAUUGAGGUUUAUGUACCACCAGACCGCCGUAGGAUCCGGGAAAGGGUUUAUGAGUGGCUCUGCAUGGAGAAAGAUGAGAAGGAAAUGAUGAAGGAUCAUUUGUCUCGCCAGUCUUCCUGUGCAUUCUCAAACCAAGCACCAUCAUCCUCAUAUAUGGCAGCACCUAACAGCUACACCAAUCCUGCGUACUUCAUCUUUGAGGGGGUGCCUGUGUUGCGAAGAGUUGAAGAGAUUCCCUCAUCCGGCCAUGAAUCCCAAGUGGUAUAUGCCAAAGAUGCUGUGAUACAGCUCCCUAGAGUGACUGGAGGUCACAGCCAUGGCAAAAGGUCUGCUCGGAGGUCAGACUUCACAGAGAUUGAGAUUCCUGGAUCUUUAGCACCCUAUAAAUCAUCAUGUGAGAAUCAAAGCGAACUGGCGUCAACUGCCUCGUCUUAUCAGCUUUUCCCAGGUCCAGACAUUCCUUAUACAUCCCCAAACCAAAGACACACCACCUCCUCGUAUACAUCUUUACUGUUACAGUCCCAUAAGAACAAUAAAACACAGGAUUCAGUAGUAUCAGUUAAAAAAGUCACAAACUCCUACAUGAACAGUUCUGUUUUUUCCCGGGACAUACAGGCGCCACUCAAAGAAAAAGUCAGAAAGGACCAUCAAAGGCUACACCAAGAUCUGCCCCCGUCAAUGAGAAAUGGACCAAAGCUGUACCCAUAUAUAUCCACAAGGGCUUCAGUUCAUGAAUCCUCAGUACCCUGGAUAGUAGAGCAGCCAUCUACAGCUUCAGGAGACAACUCGCUUACAGCCCUCCAAAUUGCUAAAUCACUAAGUGAGGUGGAUUUUCAGACAGUAGACAGAAAGUACCAGUUUAAUCAAAUGCCGUCUCAGCAAAGGCAUCAUGGAUAUAACUAUGGUUUAGAUAGUGAGAGAAAUUACAGCUGGGAGAAAGAGGUGUCAGUCUUACAUGGAGCUCCAGAAACAGUGCGGGAGCUGCUCAACACUCUGGGUUUGCAGCGCUACACGCUGGACCUCAGCCGUAAUGGCUGGGAUGAUCUCGAUUACUUCAGUGGUAUUACAGAGGAGGAGCUGUGUGCAGCAGGUGUGUCUAACCCAUCUCAUCGACGAAGAAUUUUGGAGAACCUUCCCAAGAUCUGGGACUGAACUGAAAAGACUUAUCAGGUGUCUUAUCAGGAGACCAUAAAUGACAAGUUCAGUAUUUGUAUUAUUAUUAUUUUUUUUACUCUUCUUUGUAAUUUUCAAGUUUAAAUUCCAUUAAUAAUAAAGUUAAUCACACAAUG